CCACGGCUCUCGUCGCUGAAAAAACCCCGCAAUGUAAAGGGAAGCUCCCCGCAAUGAUCUUGCCUUACCUGCAAAGCACUUCGUCAUCUUAGAACAAACUUAGAACCUUAGAACCUUGAGAAGAUCCAUCAACAUCUUCCGCUUCUAAGACAACUUUGAAGUUGACUAAUAAGUUUCUGACAUAACUCGUUCUUAAGUUCCUGCACCAUUCAUUCAACAUGCCUCGUGCCAAGUACAUCCUGCUCGACUGCGACAAUACCCUCUGUCUAUCGGAGCGUUUGGCCUUUGAGGCUUGCACCGACUUGACCAACGAGGUCUUGGAGAAGUGGGGCAGGCCGGAGCGCUACACGGUCGAGCAACUCCUCGAGGACUUUGUUGGCCAUAAUUUCCGUGGCAUGCUCAACGGCUUGCAGAAAAAGCAUGGCUUUACCAUGACAGACGGCGACGUCGAUGCUUAUGUUGACCGUGAGCUCGGUGCCGUGACCGCGAAGCUGAGCGAGAAGUGCCAACCUUGUCCCGGCGUACCUGAGCAGCUUGAGGCGCUCAAGCAGGCCGGGUACCCCAUGUCCGUUGUCAGCACGUCAGCCAAGCCCCGUGUCGUCGCCAGUAUCAAAAAGGUCGGAAUUGAUCAUUACUUCCCGGACGAGCACGUUUAUAGUGCCGCUACCAGUCUAACCCCGCCGUCAAGCAAGCCUGACCCAGCUAUCUACAAUUACGCUUGCAAGCAGCUGGGUGUCAAGAACGAAGAGUGCGUCACCGUCGAGGACAGUAAGAGCGGUGCUACUGCCGCCAUGCGCGCCGGCAUCCCCCUAAUCGGAUACGUUGGCGUUUACGGCAUCGAGGAGGGCAAGGAGAAGAUGGAGGAGAUGGCUAAACUUCUGACAGAGCAAUGUCACGCCAAGGCCAUCAUGUACGACUGGAAGGAGUUUCCCGAAUUGCUGAAGAAGGUCGAAGAGGGGUUGUGAUAUGUCAACCAACCUACACAGUAGUCGACCUAACUAUCAGAAGAGCAUCCUAUAUUGCUUGCAGCUAUCAUAGACGGAUUGCGAACGAAGGUAUCACGACUUGACGAAUUUGCGCAUCGGCGAUUGUUUCUUUUCCCAGUUUCACGAUUUUCGGGACAAUGCAAUUCGAUUCCCGGGCUAGCUGCGAGCUUCUCACCGAGAAGUCGCCGUGGACCUUCGGUUGUUAUCGAGGUGCAUUUUGAA